UUCAUUCUGGAAAUCUGUCAACGACCACACCACUCGACACGACUCACACCAUCCAACCCCUCCACCCCUAGUCGGCCGUUUCGCGCAGGGUAUCCCACCACCAGGGGACAGACUCUCAGCAACCCGACACUUUCUUCAAUCCUUUGCUUUGCUAUCGCCAGAAACAGCGAUAGUGACGGCAACAGCGACAGCAAUCAUGGCCGACAAGAUGGGCUCCUUCACAGAGUUCCUCGAAUUCAUCAUGACCCCCUCGACGCCCGUAAUCCUCAUCGGCGCCGCCAUCGUCCUCCUCUUCCCCAUCCUCCUCCACUACAUCCUCAUCAAAUCAACACCCUACACAACCCUCCCCUCCGUCCUCCUCCUCGGCCCCGCCGGCGCAGGCAAGACCGCCCUCCUCACCCUCUUCGAACGAGGCGACGCCCCCGCGACAACCCACACGAGCCAGCGGCCCCAGACCGUCGAGCUCACGGCCUCGCGCGAUAGCAAGACAGCCCAGAGCUUCCGCAACCACGAAGACACGAGCGGCACACACACCAAGUUCCUCCUCGUCGAUACACCCGGCCACGGAAAGCUUCGCAACUACGCACUCGGCAAACUCGCCAGCGGUGCCGGUGGCGGUAGCGGCAGCAAGAACUCCAAGCUCAAGGCCAUCGUCUUCAUGGUCGACGCUGCCGCUAUCGGAGAGAACGAGGCUCUUGCGCCCACGGCGAGCUACCUGUACGAAGUCCUCCUCGGCCUGCAGAAGCGCGCCGCGUCAAGCAAGUCGUCUAAGCCGCCCCCGCCUAUCCCCGUCCUCGUUGCCGCCAACAAGACGGAUCUGUUCACGGCGCUGCCUGGCGCGCUGGUCAAGUCGAACCUCGAGGCUGAAAUUACGCGGAUACGGUCGUCGCGCAGCAAGGGCCUAUUGGACUCCGGUGUCGGCAUUGACGAUGUUGGUUCGGAGGAGAAUGAUGAUUGGUUAGGCGCGUAUGGCACGGAGAAGUUUACCUUUGAUCAGCUGCGCGAAUUUGAUGUGGAUGUGGACGUUAUCGCGGGCAAUGUUACUGGAAGCGCGACGGGCCCCGAUAAGUGGUGGUCUUGGAUCGCCCAGCGGAUAUAAGGUAGUGAGUAUCGCAGCAGGGGGGGCACUUAAUAAUAAAGGCACAUAAUAGUUCGAUGA